AUGUCGACAUCAUUUCAUACAAUUGAUGCUGCUAAUCGUCGUUUUGAAGAACUUUUUAAUUCUGGUAAACUUGAUGAAUUAGUUAAUCUUUAUACAUCUGAAGGAAAACUUUUACCACCUGAUAAAAAUAAAUAUGAAGGUCGUGAACAAAUUAAAAAAUUUUGGCAAGCUGCACGAGAUGCUGGUGUUGAUAAUUUACGUUUAACAACAGGAACUGUUUUAGAAGCAGGAAAUGAUCGAUUAAUUGAAACAAGUUCAUAUCAACAUUCAUUAGAUAAAGGAAAUUAUCAAGUUAUAUGGAAACGUACUUCGGAAGGAAAAAAUCAAUGGCAAUUAGAUAUUGAUAUUUUUAAUUGA